CAGUGCGGUGAGCAGGUGUGUACUCCGGCUCUGAAUGCAGAUCCACUCGUCAGUUGGCAAACCUCGGGGAAACAAGUAAACAAUAAACGAGCCAACAAGUAUAAUCGCGAUAAUCCCUACGAGUGUCAGUGGCGACCACUUCGCGUGAAGGUUAGUUGCUUGAAAUAAUCCCAGAAAGGAAAUUAAUUUCGUUCAACGGAUCACGGGAGUGCUUAGUGGGCAGGCGCGACAAGAAAAUUCGGAAAAGUGGAGGAAGACAUAAAGAACGACGAUCGACUCGAUAAAAAAAAAAAAAAAAGAGGGACUUUUGGAAACCUUAUUCAUUCAGUCCAGCUGAAUAAACAUUGAGACGCGCAGCGCCGGGGCGACGACCGACCCGAUCGGACAUUUUGAAUGGGGAUCAAUCGGGAAUGAGGUUAGGUCGGUCGCGAGUGGACUCUUGGCGAGGUUAGGGAGAUAUCGGUGUCGCGGCCGAGGAAAAUCGAGGAAUGUAUUCGGCGCUCGACAGGUGGGCCACUUAACGCGCGAUCCUAACCUACAACCUGGUCACGGAAUAUCGGAGUUUAUCCUCCUUUACUCGAACUUUGAUCAAAAUCAACGCCAAGCCUGUUUAUCUUGCACGAGGCGCAAGUGAUAUACAACUGCAAAUAUUACGUAACGUUUAUUAAAUGUAAUAAUCGUUUCUCGUUAUUCAAACAUGGCAGACGGCUGGAAGGACGCGAGGUGAACGAAACUCGAUCCGAGACUUGCAAUCAAAAAGCCUGACAAUUUGUUUCUCGAAAUUUUACAAGACGAGAUACAGUCUUCACUCCAGAAUAACGACGUUAAUCGCUAAUUUGGAAUUACCGAAUCUCAAAAUCGACCGUGUUAAUUUUUGUGGAUUUAAAAUGCCAACCGGCAAGAAACGCCUCGAUUAAAAUAGUCCAGUUUUACGGAUUUAUGACGUGGAAAAUAACCUACGAAGUGCCAAAUUAAGUGAACGUUCUCUUUAGGAGUUAUUGCAGUUCCUCGACGGCGACGAAUUAAAUGCGAAAAGAAUCGCGGAGUUUAAGAGAGUGCCAAGGCAAAUAUCGCAAAACUUGACUUAACCUAAAUUAACGACGAGUUCUUAUCCCCCCCGCAGUCUGUUACACGUUACGCGAAAAUUUCUAAAGGAAAGUGCUGACCAAGAAGUGAAGAAAGUUUCGAGUACUUGCGCCGGUUCGCGAAAACGGCCAAUCAAGAUUACGAACUACGACUUAUCAAGAAGACUUAACCCGCUAGUUCUACACGUCUUCUACGAGGGAAAUUAUCGAUAACGUAAAACGAGAUCGCUGGCAAAGUUACGAAGAAAGUGGAAAAAAAAAAGUUCCUUCUAAGAGACUACUAGCGCCGCGCACGAAAACGGCAGCCAUCCGAACUAAGAGGAACCUCACUUCGCCGAAAAUUUUAUCCAGCCUUGAGGAAUAUCAUUUUCAAGGAGGAGAAAUUGGAAAGUGCUACCUUUUUGAUAUCCAUGUUUAUUAUCACGGUAGAAGACUGAAUAUAAAAAUAUCGUCGCAUAUUGGACGAGAUUAAUGGACAAAUCGAAGCGAGUCUUCCCAGAGCAUCGAGAUCGAGAUUCGACGAGGAAGUGGAGAUCGAUCUUAAUUCCCCAGAUUGCUAUCCGCGGAUCGGGGGCUAGGGGAAAAAUGGACAUCCUCGUGUAAACAUCCCUAGGAGGGAAUUUCAAGAUGAUGAUGGCACCGCAAGUUGUGGGCGUCCUGCUGAAGAAACCAGGACAGCAGGCCCACCCACGCGUAGGGUCCCUAGAUCCCCAGGAGACGAAAAUUCGCGGCGAGCUUUACGUAGAGGAGCUGAGCGAAAGAAGGAUGGUCUCCAUAAGAAUGGGCUGGCUAUGGGUGGAAGGCACACCCAUGAGAUUACCCCUGAGAGCCUUGAAUCUCCGCCAGGCUGGACCCAGCAUUUGUCAACCUCAUGCCCUGGCCCUCGGAUUUACUCUCAGCAACUCGCAGGGAGACAACCUCGCCACCUUUUGGACGGACACGGAGCCGAUCUACUGGUCGUGGGUGCGAGCCGUGGCUGCGGAAUUGGUCAGGCAAACGCCAUUUCGAGCCCAGCGUUGUCUGAACUUCCUGGAGAUCCUGACAAUCUGCCCCAGAGGACCCGUCCCACUUCCCGAGAGCCCAACGGAGACUCGUCGCAGGUCCAGGAGCGAGUUGCGAUGUUGGCUAGGUGAAUCCCCGAUGGAGAAGACGAUGAGGACGACGACGAUCCUGGACGACUCCAGGAGGCGAGCAAGAAGCGAGCUCCGAGGGUGGUCCAGCAAUUCCAGCGACGAGGACCUCUUGGUAACGGAGUUCCAGGGGAUCCCAGGAAUAGUCCCGAAGGAGCAGAUGCUGUCCAGGACCUGGGGAUGCAGCGAAAGCAGCGAGGGAAGCGACGACAGUCUCCCCUGGGGUGGAGGGCAGUCCAGCGUGGACUCGGUGGACUCGGUGUCAGGAUCAACGGCUUCCUUGCCCGAACCAGAGACCAGGGAACAGAGGAUCGAGCGGUAUAAGGAGGCCAGGAGGAGGGAAAACGAGGCCAGGAGCAGGCGAGUCCUGGAGGAGGACGCCAGGAGGCGAAGAGCCAGGGCGGAAGAGAACAACAAUAACCUGCCCAAGUCCAAGAGGACCUCCUGCCAAAACGACGGCGACAAGGCGACCGCGAUCCUGUUGUCCAGGUCUAGGAUGGAGACCUCCAGGAAGGACCCCAAGUCUAAGGACAACCAGAAGAGGAUAGAACCCAUGGAGUCGACCCUGACCUGUCCUGAGAAGACGACGAUACCGGAUAGGGACGAGUGCUCCGUUAGGUUCCAGGAGAGGAACGAUGACGACAACAACAACAACAGGACUGGUACCGAGUUUCCCGAUCUAGGAAACGUGAGGAUUGACCAGGGCGAGAGGAAAAGCAGGACCAGGGAAAGGAGGAGUGUCCGGGAACGCGUUCACGGGGAGAGAAUGAACGCGGAGAGGAUUCAUGGGGAGCGACUAAACGUGGAAAGGACUCUAGGAGAGCGAUUGAACGUGGAAAGGACUCCUGGGGAACACGCCAAUGAGCGUCUGGAGCUGAAUGGAGAUCGGGUCCAGCUGGAGUCGCCGAAGAUCCUCGAUGAAGCUUGCGUGAACCUCCUUCAGGAGGGUAAAGAAAAGUUCGUUACAAACGUUUCCUCCACAAUCCCGAUUCCACGUCAGCAAAAUGGAGAUUCGCGACUCCAGAAGAUGGCGAUUAGUUCUAGGGAGACCAGUUGUCCGGCAGCAUUGCCCAGGUCGGGGAUGCCCCUCUCCAUUCUCGUGGAACCCUGCGAGGAAGACGUUGCUAGGCUCCUGGAGAGGUGUCAGAGGGUGGACCAUUAUGUACCCGUCAAGGAUAAACUGACAUUGUUCGAGUCCUUGUCUAGAUUAGGGGGGAGAUUGGCCAGGAGCACGGAGGACCUUGGUAGAUCCUCCUCUAAACCCAGUCCUAGAGGAAAACAGCGGGCUAGGUCGCUGCACGAUCUCAACAGAGGACUCAGGGCUGUUCCGGUCAGGGAAAUGUGCAGACUAUUCGAGGGCAGCAAUGACCGGGAAUUGGCGAGUCAGUCGAUGACUAACUCGAGCACUAAAUCCAGGUUUAGUGACCCCAUAACCCCGACCAGGAGUCCCUGGAACGAGACGGUGCCUCUCCAAAAUGGCGACCCGGGAGCUGGCGUAGCCAGGUCCUCCAUCAGGCGGAAACUCUACCCCAAAUAAUCGAAGAGAUCCUCGUAUAGGAUCCCGAUUACCCUAGACUAAUGGCUGGUCCACAUAAAACUGACUUCGGUCUCUACAACGCCGCUACACGGACGCUAAUCAGCGGUUUCAACAACCUCGAUGUUUGCACACCGAACUAACCUUUCUACACUUGGAUAUCUUUAGAAAAAUCUUUCUCUAUUAAAGAAUAUAAUUAAUCUACAAUAUAAUCACCGUUAGGAAUGUGGAUCUUGAUACAUUACCGUAUUUAAAUUAAUUUUGUUUAGUAAUGGAGGAAAAUCUUUGUAAAGUCGAUUUAUCUAAGUGUAGAGAUAUUAAUUCUGAAGUGUAGUAUAUAAAGGUCAGCUAAUGGCCAAAGUCUAUGUCAUGUGGGCCAGCCUUAACAGUCGUCGGGCCUUCGGGAAGACCUCGGACGACGAAAAAGCCUUACUAGUCAAAGCGUGCGAACCACUGACCCCAACUACCCCAGGAAGGAGCUCGAGAGAAAUCGACAGCCCACGCUGUUAGAUUUUUUUUUUCGCUUCCACCUGGACCAUGGACUAACGCCCAUGCCCAUUAUAUCCUCGGUAGAUCGAGUCGAUCGUCGGUAAAUUAGCGCGCGAAAUUAUCGGUGCCGACCUUGGACCGUAGAGGUCGGACUUUUCGUUUUUGUUCCCGUUUCGUUACGGUCCGUUUAUGGCGUCUCUGGCAACGCGCGGAGGCCCCUCUCGGCGCCGCCAUGACAGUUCGUGGACCGCGUCCAAGCGGUGUUUAUUCUUCGAGUUGGCUACUGGUUUCCGGAAGUCGGCAAUCCUAGUAACGGCGAUUACAUCCUUUCCCUCGAUUAUCCGGUGAGAAAAUGGAAGCUGGGAUAGGUCGUCGGCGAGACCGACUCCGAGGGCCUCCACGGUUGCGCCCGCUAGUGCGAAUUCGUGUCGCAAGAUGGCGCGGCGGAAGAGAGGGAGAGAAAGAUACGCGGCGGUGGGGCGAACCGGUAAUUUACAUUCACCGACUGGUAGUUGCGGCAAUGUCGAACACCUGUAGAUACGGUUUACGUGCGGAUCAUUAAGGUUACCGUUGAACUCCGCCACCGAGCCAAUGGCCUUUCUUAUAGCUGGUGAUAUGUGCCGAUCCUAUCCGAGAAAUCCCUAGGCGUGCCGAAAGUCUCAAUCUAGGCACUCUGCAUCCGCUAGGGAAAAUCGAAAGGAAACCGGAAGCUUGCGUUCCUAAAUGAGUACGUUAAUCCCUUAAUCCACGUAACACCGUAUUAAACCCUGGUUCAAGCCUGGAUUAUGCUUUCGUCGUAAUCCUAACCUAACCUAACUUGAUUACCCACUGCGGAGAAUUUAUAGGGAGUAUUUAUGUCGAUAGCUAAAGUUAUAUUAAGGAAGGCGUAAACACUUCCAAUGAAUACAGUGCGGUCAACAAUUAAGCUAGGGUUAAUUCUGGGUUAGGACGGAAGCAUGUACCAGACUUAGCUCAAGCAAAUCUGCAGAGCUCGGUCUGUCCAAACAGCGUCCAUCAAUGCCUCCUGAUUUCUAAACGCAUUCAUGAAUAAACCAGAGCUUGUACAACCAUUUCGAAGUGACUCUGCCGUUCACUUCCCGCCGGUUUGCCAAUGAAAACGUUCAUUUCCGACGUUCAUUUUCCCUAUUUCUCUCUCUUCCGAUCCGCCCAUUGACAACUAAAUCGGUAGUGUACUUGUGACGAACGCAAGCUUCGGCCGGCGCAGGUUUCUAUACUCCGUUCUCCACCUCCCAGAUCGAAAAAGGAAAAAAAAAAGAAAUAAGAACAAAACAGCAGAGAAAAGCAAUUGAAAAUCCGUACAAAAAGAGAAACACCCCCUUCGUUUCGUUGCCUAAUCGUGUUCGCGUUAAAAAAUAUCUCUCUAAAUAUAUACAUAUAUAUAUAUAUAUAUAUUUAUUGCCACGUUGACGUGUCGUUAAUUAUCGUCCUUCUGAAUGUGCGCGUCGUCAGACUGGCUUGCGUCUCUUAUCGCAAAGGAAAAUAGGGAGGAUGGUAAAAAAAGAGGUUAGAAAAUCAUCAGGAAUAUACAUUUUCUCAGAUCCUGACAAGAGGCGAAGUCAGCGCCGCGCCGCACAUCGAAGGAAACAUUCGUGUCACUAUUUAUUUACGCUUGAAAACGUCGCUUUAGGUUCGCGACGCGUCCCGGGACGGUAAAUUAGCGUCUGACGUCGAAAGUCGUCGAUUGUUGGAAACUGGCCGCGAAUUACGGUGGAAAUCGAGUCGAUGACAAGAGGCGAUGUCAGCGCCGCGCCGCACAUCGAAGGAAACAUUCGUGUCACUAUUUAUUGCCGCUUGAAAACGUCACUUUAGGUUCGCGACGCGUCCCGGGACGGUAAAUUAGCGUCCGACGUCGAAAGUCGUCGAUUGUUGGAAACUGGCCGCGAAUUACGGUGGAAAUCGAGUCGAGCUUGCGGACCUCGGGCGAGCGAUCGGGUCUUGCGAAUUGUACAGAAAAAACUUAGUCAUAAGUGUGGCGCCUUAAUCAAAGAGUACCCCUCGUUAUUUUUGUAAUGCCUGUUGGUACGCCGAAUUAUCUGUGCAUGCUGCGAGCGGUAGGAGGUUAACUUAAACGGUGUUUACGCGCAUACUACCAUCGGCGAAACGUAUCAUAAUUGUAUAAUGUUGGAUUUUUAAGCGAAAUCAGUUCCUUCUCGAUUCCUGGAAGGAGGUUCGUGGGAACUAAUAGGCGGCGACAAGGCGAGGUUCCUUGCAAUUUCUUUUCCUGGAUAUGAACGCCUGUGUAUAUAGCGGUGAAAUAGUGCAUUCGUACGUCGGAGUAAUUGCGGAUUUGUUUGUUGGAUUUGUUUAGGGUGUCCAUCGGUGGUAGUGUGUGUGCCGGUACACCGGAGGUUAUGCGGCGUAGGAUAAGACUUCGCGCGUAAAUUAUUUAAGCGGAGCUACGACUCUUCUUUUCCUCGUUUUCGUCCACUUGUUGUGCGACUGUAGGAUGCCGUGUCUGCGAAAUUCUACCUUUAAGGAUAAGGAGCCGAGGGGAAACCGGGCUUCGAUCGUGGAACUCGAUUCAGGGCGCGUGCGCAGUGCUCGGAGUGAUCUUGAUCCCUCUCCCUCUUCUUACAUCCUCUUCGGUCUACUCUUUUCAUAGCACGGAAAAUCUAUAAGGCUCCAAAAUUCACCGGGACUUCCAUACUCGUUUCCACUUUUAACAGUCAUCUAAAAAGAGGGGAAGAAAAAAGUCUAAUCACGGUACGUUAUCGUCGAAGGGACUUUUACUUAGAAAUGAAACCGUUCGCCAUCGUACUCACUCGACGACACUUCUUUCUUCCUUCCCCAGUAACUUCGAAAGUCACGUUCACUCCGGGCACAUAACCUCAAAGACUGGACUCGUAGUUUUCAAGGUUCACCGGGAACUUAACCUAAAAACGUUGACUCGUCGACCAUCUUUCCAGCACACCCGAUCCCCUAGAAAGAAGACCUUUAUUCAACCAGGGAAUACCUAUUCAGGGCGCACGAGAAGCUCUCUUCUUUCCUCCAUGCCGAACGAAACCGAGCCGUUAGAAACGUAGAGUUCCCUGCUGCACGCGUCCUGAAAGAAAACCCACUCGGUUAAGAAGAAGCGAUCCGACAUAACCUGCAAAUCCGUGUUAGGGAGAUAGGCCGAUGGACGGAGUUCGUCAACAUCCGUCGAGAGGCGGAAUUAAACCGUGAAUGUCCGACACUGGCGUCUCUUAAUCCUUGGAUGGUCUUGAAUAAAAAAAAGAAAAAAUGGCGGUCGCAGGACGAUGUCCCGGUGUUCCUCGGUCGGCCGCUUGCCAAAGAAGUCCUCUAGUCCCUUACCAAGACGCGCACGCGACUCCACUCUUCCUUCCCGAGCACUUCCGCUCGUCCCACGCCAAUCGCCUCCAAUUAUCCCAAUCGCCGUAGGCUGUACGAUUUGUAUUUACGUUUGUUGUAUAAUAAAGGGACGAAUAAUGGCCGUUA